GGCUUCGUCCAUUCAUGCGCGUGGUGGGAAAAACCUGGAGCCGCCAGCGCUGUAUGCAAAUUAAACGCUGGAUUUAGCCAAUAGGAAGCAGUCGCGCUGGAUUUCUUUACAUAUUCAUGAUUGCAGCAGGAAAAAGCAUCCAAUAGCAGGCGACUUGAGAUGAAUAUUCAUAGAUGAGUCGACCGGGAGCGUCGGCUUCAAUGUACAUCUGGAUGAGAGGCGUGAGAGACGCGCUUACUGCUCAGUUCACGUGGAGGAAAGCUGACGAAACUAAACAACACGUUUCUGGCUGGCGCUUUAAAGGAGGAUAAUAAGAAGGGAAAUAUGCUUGUUGGUGUUUUGCUGAGGCGAAACUGGUGCUGGCGUUAAUGAGCCUUACAGCGUUUUAUUGAGUGAGGGGAAAGCACUUCCGUCUCCUCAUGCACCGCGGAAUUUCUCUCCACAUGACCAGCCGCAAUAAGGGGCUUCUGGAGGACGUCGUGUCCAGCCUGUGGGAGCUGGACACCGCCAGACGGAGACAGGAGAGACUCGUGCUUGGCGUCCUGGCAGAUGGAGACACCGAGAACGAGCACGAGACUCUGAAAUGGCAGCAGAAGCAGCCCGCUGUUGCCCCCGGUGGUGUGAUGGAGGUACUGCAGGAGCAGCUCAGUGAGUUGACGAUGAACGCCAACACAGAGGACAACCUGGAGCAUGUGUCAAGCUCAGGUUUUUACGAGCAAAGUGAGAUUCAGUCCGCGUUAAGACCCUCGAGAUCUUCUCCAAGUCUUUCUUUCUACAGCCACAGUGGCAGAUCAGUAGAAGACGCCUACAUGCAGGACUGGGAGGGUCAGAGGGCACGACCCUUGCGAUCUUUUCUGCCCCGUUCAUUCUCUGCCCCAUACUCCCCUUUAGAGGGCAUCGCAGAAGGAAUUGAGGAUGCCGAGGAUGAUGACAAUGGAUCACUGUGGUCAAAAGGUCAAACUGCAAAUGGAGAGGACGUGAACGGACCUGACAUGGCUCCCAUUAUGAAUUUAAAUGAGGAUGGUGGACCUGUUGGGAUCCAUUGUGAUCAUCAAGGUCCCACUGUGGAGGUGGAUGAGGGCCCCACAGAAGAAGACAUUCAGCAAGCCAUGCGUGUUGAGACCUAUAUUUUGGGUCUUCUACAACGCUAUAGCAUCGAUGAAACUCCCACCUCUACAGAAGCCCUUAGUUCUGCACCUGAUCACUGGCAGGAACUACAUGCUUAUCCCCCUGACUACUGUGAACAAUCUGAAAAUUCAGAGUGGCAGAAAUGGGAAAUCUUUAGAGAUGAAAACGCAUCACAGAAUAGAUACUAUCUGGGAAAUGAGACUAAUCUCUUCUCACAGGCUUGUAAAGACCCAGGCUCCUCCAUAGACUCAUCCACGAUUGUGGCUGAUAUAGAUUCCCAUUGUCUUCAUCAUUCCUGUGUUUCUAUUCCUUUAACUUCUGAAUCUCCUAAACAAGACUGGGAAACUACAUCUCUGGAAUUGGCACAUCAACUGCCCUUAGGCAGACUGUAUCAGGCGGAAAGCUGGUCAUCAGUUGGGCAGAGGCUUGUAAAGACAACCAACCAGUCCCGAUCAGAAGGCAGCUUCCAGUCCCAUGGUUUUACCAUUGAACCAGAGCAUGGAUACCACACACUGGGGCAGGAAACAGACAUACACUGCUUCAGUGAAGAUUAUAUGUCCAGUCAGAGACUCUGGAGCUCCACGAUAGACCUCAGUCAAGAAGAGAAGGCGAUGUUGCUCAGAGCAGAGGAACAACUGCUGCAAGACACACACCUACCAAUUCAGAUCAGCCCACCUUCGUGUACUAAGUACACUGGGCAGGACCACCAUGUCGGGAAUGACCUGAUUGCUAGAGGAACUCAGGAAGAAGGAUCUGACUCCAGUCUGAGUGAGACAUGCUCCCCAGGGUCCAGCUCAAGGUCAAGUGACUCAGAUGACAGUGGGGGCCUUGUCUGGCCUCAACAAGUGCCCCCAUAUGUGCCUUCUUUCUCCCAGAAUGCACCUACUGCUAUGGUCAGGAUCAAAGCCUCGCAUGCACUAAAGAGGAAGAUCUUGCGUUUCCGCUCAGGCUCACUAAAGGUCAUGACCACUGUCUAGUCUUAGAUAUGGCAUUUGAGAUUCAUUUGGUAUAUGCUGUGCUUCCAGUGUUGGUGUAAUGGUGUUAGAAAGUGGAGUCCAUCCACCAGAGCUGGAUAUAAUAGAUGUCCAAAUUCUGACCUAGUUGAAUGUUAUGGAAUCUGCUGGACAGUUUACAGUGCUGGCUUAGCAUGGAGACUUACAAACACACAAACAAACUUUUUGAUUCUCUGGUUGAGAGACUUGAGGACUCUUCUCAACAUUCUUGUAACUUUGCCUUUUGUUUUCAAUGAUCAAGACCAAACUGAUAUUCCUGACUUGUGGAUAUUUAAUCCUGUCCUGGGUGUCAUGGUACAGUAGCAGGUAUUGUUGCUGCUUAUGUCAUAUCUGAAAUUCAUUUCCUACGGAUGUUGGCGGCGGUAGCUCAAACGGGUAAGGCUCUGGGUUGUCGGUUAGGGGUUCGAUACCUAGUACCACCAAGCUGCCACUGUUGGGCCCUUGAGCAAGGCCCUUAUCCUCCUCUGUUCUAGAGGUGCUGUAUCAUGGCUGACCCUGCGCUCUGACCCCUAAGCUGGGAUGUGCAAAGAAAAGGAUUUCACUGUGCUGUAAAGUAUAUGUGACAAAUAUUCUUCUUCUGUUAUCCCCCACCUAAACAUACUGGUCAGUGGAUUGUCUUUUUGCCAUGGACUGGUACCCCAUCCAGGGUGUAUUCCGACUUGUUCUUGGGACAGGCUCUAUAUUAACCACAACCAUGUCCAGGAUAAAUUGACUAAAGACAAAUCAAGACAAUGAGGGUCACCAGUCCUAAGAUGGACAUGACACUGAUUGAUACCAUCUUAUUUGAAGCAUUUCUCUUGAUAUUGCUGCACUUGGAUAGUUGCUAAAGGCUUCUCUUUGGUGCAUAUCAUGGCUGGAAUAACUGCAGGAAGCAAGAAGGAUUUUGUAUCUUUAGAUUCAGACUUUCUUUAGUGCAUUUCAUGUGAAGUGCCUGAAGUGGGCUAUUACAGGUAAUUAACCACCUGCUCUCCCCCCCCCCCUUUUGUACUGUUCAACUUUGUAGUAUGUAACACUAUGUCAAGUUAAUUCUGAAUGUUGCCUCUUAUAAUGACUCUUUGAAAAGCCAUAUGCAGUUUAAUGUUUAUACUACAUGAGAUCUCCUAACAAAGAUAUCCAGUUUUUUCUUUAGGUUUAUUGUGAAUCUCACACAGGCAUGGAUGUUCUUACUGAGUUAAUUUUAAAUCAUACUAGCUUCUAACACUUCUGGAUGUGUGUCAUGUGGAUUCCACAAAGCAACUCCUGUAGCCUUUUCCUGUUGUCAAGAGAUGGUGUUCAAACACAAACUGGACACCUUGAUGUUGUCACUGGUAAUGAGUAGGGGGGUCAGCAAAGGUGUAGACACUCCAUGUUACAGUGGAACCUUGGCAUACGAAUGCUCUCCCUUGCGAACUUUAGCCUUAAGAAUUGAAAUUUUGCAAGAAAUUUGCAUCAGAAUUUGGCAUGCGAACCCAACCAAACUGAACACCAGCCAAGUUGCGUCCGGUAGCUGUUCAAAACUUGUUUGUGUCAGUGGAAAGCCAAGCGAAACCAACCAAAUCGAGUUCAUGAGUUUUUUUCAGUCAAGGGAAGCUGUUUUGAAAGAGUCAACUCACGAUACCAACGUUGCCUUCGGCAUGCGUUCAAAAGCUAGGUGAUUUUUCGGGUGUUUUUUUGUUGACGGAUUGGUGGCGUGGCUGCUCUAUUCUAUUUUUAGCCCAAGCUUGGUGGCACAACUUCCUGUGAGGAGCCUUGACAUGGAACGCUUGGCUUGGGUCAGUUCUUGGUAAGCAGCCAUACACUUUACAUACGCUUCAUAUUGGUAAUAUUGGUCAUAUUUUUAGGUGGCUGGAACAAAUUAUCUGCAUUUAUAUUAUUUCUUAUGAGAAAAUUUGUUUUGCAAAACACAUUUUUCACCUCAAGGUCUCACCUCCAUGAAUUAAAUUGCCAAGGUUCCACUGUAUUUAUUCGCUGAUAGAAGCUGUAUGGUGGUGUGUGAGACAUGCUCUCCAAGCUUCAGGUUAAAGUCUUAUGACUCAUAUGAUAGUACAAGCUUUUUCUGGCUUCAUGUUUGCUUUCUUUCUCCCAGAAUGCAAGUGUAUGGUUUAUGUGCCCUUGACAAAACCCUGAAAGCAGAAAGUCUUUUAUGCUCUUUUAUAAAAUUAUCUGGAACUGCUCUUUAAGUACGAGACGACGCCACCCAGCGUACCAGUUGAACAUAAGUUGUUUCUGUCUGUUUCUGAAAGCACUGCCGACCUCUGUAUGAAAAAUAGCCAUUCAGAAAGCUGUACAAAUCUGUAUAUUUAACAUAAAAUGAAUGUUUAAAUGACUAUUUCUGUGAAUGUACUCUAUCCCAGACUUUUGUACAUAAUGGAGUAUUGUCUUGCCUGCUGUUUUUACGCCAGCGUCUUUGCAUUUUAGAUGCCGAUUUUUUUUUACUGUUUGGAAACGCUUUCUGAUUCCCUUUUACUGCAUGAUGAGGAUAAUAAAGCUUUUAUAUUAACAACCCGUUUAUUUACACAUCUUGCCAAUGAAUGAGAGACAGUGUCAGAAACUCCUUGGUCAAAAAAGCUUUUGAGUCUUUCGUUAACAAAAGUAGAUUUUAUUGAGAAUUAACAAAGCCUGAAAAAACUCUGAAACCCGGUCUCUGCAGACCCUUUCUUUGGAGAAACAUCUAUUCCCUUUCAAUUGUCCCCUACCCCUUACAGUAUGUCUUGAGUAUUUAAAAACAUGGUUACACACAUCCAUCCUUGUCCAUCUUGACUAACUGUAUGUACUUAGAUAAUAGUGGAGUAACUGAACCACAGCAUCUUCUUUUGAUUAUUAUAAUAAACUUGAAUGUUUUUUCUUUGAAAAUUUAUUCUCUAAAA